GGGCGAGAGAAAAGGGAGGCCCGCCGCCCGGGCGGUGAGCCUCUUUUGCCCCCCAGCCCGAUCAGCCCCGACCCGGUCCAGGCCCUUGAUUGGCUCUUCCAGGCUGACUGGUGGCGGGCUUCAAUUUCUGCUAAGUUUUAAACCAUGAAAAGAUGUGUGCCGCGGAUAUUUUUCCUUUGUGAUGGCCAUUGUUCGCCCCUGUCAAUUAGGGCAUCCGUAAGGCUCGCAUGGCUCGGAUGGCAGAAUGGGAUUGGACUUGAUCCCAGGGGUUUGGUAUCCAGGUGGAUGCCUGAUGAAGAGAUGUUUGGUGUCCUACAUACCAUGCACGUCUCAGCGAAGAAAUUUUGUUCAGGCAUUAACAUGUAUCUGAUCUGUAGUGGGUGGGGGGAGGAGUCACUCCUGCACCAAGGUAUCAAUGCCUGUAGGAGAUGUUUGAGGUCUAAUUCUAUGUGUACCCAUUCUUUGUCUGUGCAUGCCGAGAAUCGAGACGAACCCCUUUGUCUUGUUGUUCCGGCUCAGGGAUCGACUCCAUCUCAUCUCCAUCUUCUUCCCGCCCCCGUGGGGUUGCCAAUCCUUCACGGUCUGGCCCACUUUGUCAGUGCCAGUUGGCCAGGCAGGAAUUCGUUGUCAACCACAAUGCAAUUAUGCCUCGUGUGAUCGGUCGUUGCUAAGUAGACACACUGGAGAUUCUCAUGCUCUGCUUGUGAUUGGAAUUUCUGUAAAUGAUGUACUCACUGAAUUAGUGCUUAGUCGUAUCGUAAGUCUGUGCGACUUUCCGGGUCACAGCCUCAAUCGCUGCCGCCUGAACAAAGAGAGGAUCCUGUAACGGGGGAUAGUAAUGAUCCCCUUCAA